GCCUCUCGAGCCAGCUAACACCAACUGUAUUUGUUAAAGUAGCCCCAACAUCCGUGAAAUUUAGUACUGAAACCAGCAGCAGGAUUACAACUUCCUUUUGGGCCAUACAAAGUUCCCAUCCAAAUUCCCCGGCUUACACCCCUCUAUCAUUCUUGCAAUUUUAAGCCUAAAUUUUUACAGCAGUGAAUUAUCAACCACAUUCACAAACGCAGGAGACAAACAGUCGACAAUGAAAGCAGAAGGUACCUGACGCCCGCGUGAGUGUCAGUUACAUUGAAUAUUAUUAUAUUACCAUUUAUAAAAGGCAGCACAAUCAUCCUUGAAUCCGGUGUCGCCGCCCUCGCUCAUUCCCAUCCAAUAACCAACCCCCACGGUCCCCUCUUCUCAUAACGUCCCUAUCCGCGUCAGCCUCCCUGAAAAAGAUGUAAACAGACUUGUAUUCUACUAUUCUUUUAAUCUCCAUUGCUUUACCCUCCGGCCUCCGGCUCUGCAACAGUUUUUCACAGGCAGGCAAAAACCAUCAUGAAAAUGAAGAGAGAUGAUUUUUGUUCGAGUUUCGGCUCUAUUACUACUCAUCCUCAUGCUUAUCCUUACUUCACCACCGAGUUUAAUCCCCAAACUCUCCUCCUUCUACCCUCUGAUCCUCGUUGCUUCAACUUGUUCUUCACGCAAGACUUCCCUUCUGAUCUUCCCCUCCAACCUCAAGUCCCUCCUCUCGACUUCUCCCUUUACUCCUCCUCCAUCCUUCCUCACUCCACUUUCUUCCUUAACUUCUUUUCCAAACCCUUCCACUCCCUCCAACAGCCCCACCACCAACCCCCACUACUCCGUCACUCUUCCCCCUCCUCAUCAUCUCGGCUUCUCAAAUGUACUCGUCUCCACUUAAACAUUUCCCAAUCUGACAACAACCCCCAAACCCUCGACUCCAUUGUCCAAAGCUUCAACUCUCCUCCACCCAUCAUCCCACACAGCGGCCUAGCUCGAAAGCGGAGGCAAAAGCUAAGCGAGAAGACCCGUUGUCUUCAAAAGCUCAUGCCAUGGGACAAGAAGAUGGACACUGGCACCAUGCUCCAAGAGGCUUAUAAAUAUAUCCGGUUCUUACAAGCUCAAAUCUCCAUUCUCCAAUCAAUGCCAAUCACUUCGAGCUUUGUGUCUGGUGAACAUAUUAAUGCCCCUUUUGCAUUUGAUUAUAACGGGUUGGAAAGGUUGAAUAGGCAGCAGCUUUUGCAGGUGUUAGUUAACUCUCCAGGGGCGCAAACCAGGCUUUAUUCAAAUGAUUUUUGCGUUUUUUCCUAUGAGCAGUUAGUUUCGCUUAAGAAGGCUAAGGAGGAGAGGAAAACGGUGCUUCAACACUUUCUCUUUGGUAAUUAACUCAUAAAAAAUGGGGGCAUCAUAUGUUUUUACUACAAUGUUUUACGGAUUUUGUUGUUUUGUUGCUAGAUUUUCAAUCUUUAGAGUUAGAUGUGCCUGGAUUUUAGUUUUUACAGUACAGGGCUUAAACCAAUACAAUGCAAUGAAAUGAAUAUUUGUUUCGAAAAGAAUAGGGGAUUUUACAUGAUACAUCAUUUGAGUUCUGGUGAUGGUUUAUAGGAAUUUUAUUUGUUUUUCAAUUUUAACUUUUUUCUAUCUGUCUAAUUUGAAGUGAAUG